AUGGCGCUCAUAUCCGCGAAAACCAUCCUCACCUCGCUCUGCUUCUUCCACAUCACCCUGGGCUUCUUCUUCCUCACCAACCCAAAUACCGUGGCCGACCAGCCGAUGGUCCAGCUGCUCGGCGAGUCCAUGGGUCUGAUCUGCCUGGUCCACUACUGGGGAACGCAAGCCCCCCUUCGCCUAACCCUAACCUUCCUCCUCUCCACCUACUCCUUCUUCUUCUCGCCCUCCUCCCCGCUCUUCUACAGCAGCCCCGCCCCAGGCUCCCCCAACUCCUCCACCUCCCCCGGCACGGGCUCCUCCAGCUCCUCCAACCGCUUCCAGCACCCCUCGCUCCACCGCGCGGCCAACAACCCGGGAUACACGCCCUCGAGCUGGGGCGGCGACGUGCUCAAGAACCGUGUGUUUUUCACGUUUAUGUUUGUUGAGACCAUGAGCUGGUUCUGGGUGUGGGUUACGCUGCAGGAGGAGCGGCGCGAGCUGCUGACGAAGAAGGCGAGGCGGAGGAGCAGUUCUGGGGCGGGGGCUGGGUACCAAUAUUAG